CUGUCUUACACACAGCCUUUCUCUUUCCAUCUAUCUUCCUCUCUCACCAGCACACACAUACUCUGUCUCACACACACAUACGCAAUUCUCCUGUGUCUCUCUGCUGCUGUCCCUGCUCUCUCCUUGUGAAAACAUCCAGAGUGACAGACUGAGAGAGACAGGAACGCCAAUACAGAAACCAGAAAACCUCCAAAUGAAAUAUACAGGCGAGCAGAAAAGUUAGCACACCCUUUACAUAUACACAACAUACGCUUCAUACAGAGGAAAAUUUCACAGCGUAUAUACAUGGGGACCUAUAUGUAAUUACUGCAGAAACAGACACAUUUUAUUUUACACAGACAGGGAGGUAACACACCUAUAUACAGGAAUAGAAAGAAUAUUGUAAUACACACACUAUAUAUACUGCAUGUAAACCUGCACAGAUUCCGCUCACAGGAGCUGCAUGCAGCUGAUGUUAUGACAGAGCAAGAAAUGCAGCAGCCAUGAACCAGCUGUGUGCGGAGCCCUGCAGAGCACUGCAAGACAGCAUUAGACAGUUGUUGAGCCGGGCUGGAGGAGAGUUUCGUCUCCAGAGAGUGCAACUGGAGAGCAGACCAAGAAAACUGGAAGACAGGAUCCUGGUCACAACAUGCUGGAGAUUCUACAUAUUCUACAUAAAAUUACCAGCAAAGAUUGAAAGUUCAUUCAGUGUGCUGGAAAUCCGAUCUCUCACAGCUGUCAGUCCAAGCCAGAUCCUUAUUGAGACUGAGAAAGGGAGCUACCAGCUGACCCUGUCUGCUCAGAAUACAGACCAGCUGAUCAAUGGCAUCCAGGCCACACUCUCCAAAAUAUUUCCGACUCCAGAUACAGUAUGCCUGGUGAGACGGCAGUAUCCUGAGUCCACGGAUAGCUCGCGUAAUUCAUCACCAAACUCAGACACUGCAGGAAUAAUAGCGACAACUGGAAUAUGUGGUGGGUUUUCAGAAACAUACGCUGCGCUAUGUGACUACAAUGGUGUAUGCUGCAGAGAAGAGGUUCAGUGGGAUGUGGAUAUGAUCUAUCACUCUCAGGACAGCCGGGAGUUUAACUUGCAGGACUUCAGCCAUCUGGAAAGCAGGGAUUUGGCUUUGGUUGUUGCUUCUCUUGCAUACAAUCAGUAUUUUCUCAGGCUGCAGGCCGCAAAUCUCAAACUGGGAUCGGAGGUGACCGAGCAGAUCCUGCACUGCGUGGGCCGAUCACUGCACCUCGAGGAGCUGAUCCUAGAGGACUGCGGACUGAGAGCUGAUUUUGCUCUCCGCUUGGCCUCUGUGUUGUCAGAUAAUUCAGCCUCCUCUCUGCACUCACUGAACCUGUCACACAACCCGCUGGAAGACCGAGGAAUCGCUGCUCUCUCUCAGCAAUUUCUGUAUUUUCAUGCCGGACUUCGGAGCCUCAAUUUGAGUAAAACAAACAUCACAGCCAGAGGAGCACUCUCUCUGUGUCAGUCUCUCUGCCAGAAUGCUCUUUUCUCCUCAUCGCUGCACUCUCUGACCCUCAGUAAGAACCCUGGACUUCUCGGGAGUGAGGAGACCAAUGCACUUUACACUUUUCUGUCUCAUCCAAAUUCGUUGGUUUAUUUGGAUCUCUCAGGAACAGACUGUGCUGUGGACACUAUAUUUGGGGCAUUAGCUCUUGGUUGCUGCUCCUGUCUCUCACAUCUUGACCUCUCUAAGAACUCCCUGUCACACCGGAGAACUCCGGAGACACUGCCAUCUGUGGAGAAAUUUUUUGGCAGCUCUUUGUCACUAUCUCACAUAUCACUGAGUGGAACCAAAGUGCCCCCAGAACUUUUGAGAGCCUUGCUGCAGGGGCUAUGUUCCAACACUCACCUCCAGGAUGUUCAUCUUGACUUAAGCAGCUGUGAGUUGCGCUCUGCGGGUGCUCAGAUAUUACAGGAGCUUUUCCCUCCAAUCACCAGCAUUGGUAGUCUGAACAUUUCUGAUAAUGGCUUGGAUUCUCAUUUGCUCUCCCUUGUACCUGCCUUGGGUAGAAGUAGACACCUCAAACAUCUUUCUAUUGGUAGAAACUUCUCUGUUAAGUCCCGGGUCCUUGAGGAGAUCCUCCAAAGAAUUGUGAAUGUCCUUCAGGAUGAAGACUGUUGCCUCCAGUCUCUGUCUCUUGCUGACUCUCGCUUGAAGUCUCGGACGUGCAUUGUUCUGAACGCUCUUGGGAGUAACACCUCCCUUCAGGAGUUCGAUAUUAGUGGUAAUGGGAUGUCAGAUAUUGGAGCAAAGAUGCUAGGCAAAACCUUACAAAUAAAUAGUACGUUGCGGUCUGUGCUUUGGGACAGGAACGCAGUUUCAGCUUCUGGAUUCAUGGAUGUAGCUCGGGCUCUUGAGAAAAACAGAACCCUUCGUUUCAUGUCCUUUCCUGUCGGCGACAUCUGUCAAGCAUACCAGAGACACCCUGAGAGGGCUGAAAGUGCCUGGAGGAAGAUACAUAGCUGUCUCCUACGAAACUCGCAGACUUUAGCUGUCUCUGACCAAAGAGCAUUGCGACUUCAACAGGGGGUCACAAACAGUGCCGAACAGAUGCUGCACACUCUGUCUGUUAUGAUACAUGAUCACAUUAAUGCUCUGCGGUCCUGUGACUUGGAACCUGUACAAGAAGACAUCUUGUGUGCAAGACAGCUUCUCAGAGAUGCCAAGAACUGUCGAGCUCUAUUACCGCGCCUCCUGGAAGCAGGCAGCUGGCUGUCUCCUUCUGGACCUGCUCAGCGGCUUCUUGAUACGGUCUCCUUUGAACUGUCUCGAGCAGUGGAUAGAGAACUGCAGAACAUUGCAGAUACCAUGUGGGAGGCUACUCAGGAUCUUUUCCCAGGAGCAGCACGAGAUGCUCAGCGAGGUGGUGCAAUGCUUUGUAGACUUAGGGAACAGCAUGGGCUUAGUCCCCCCCAUAUCCGAGAUAUGCUUCGGCAAGCUGGGAAUGACAUACAUAACAAGCUGAGGGCUGCCCAACUCUCCCUGAUGACACGUCUCACUAACUCUGUUUUGGAGCAAGUUCUGCAGGAAAUGCAGAGAACACAUAGAAAGCUGUCUCGUCACAGGUCCCAGCUGCAGAGCUUAAUGGAGGAGGAGCAGAGGAUUCUGGGAUACCUCCCACAAACACCACCACGGAGUAAACAGGAAACACAUGAGGGAGAGAUGUACUCAAGCAUUGAUACCAUGGUAAUAAAAAAGCGUCUUCAAGGCAGAAAAAUUCGACCUGUGUCUGCGUUUAUCAGCGUGAGUGAGCAGGAAUUAAGCCCCAAAACUCUAGAUUUGGGGUCCCCUGGAUCCCGUGAACUGAGUUCUCCACCAGCGCUCUCUUCAUCUGCUAGCAGUCAGCUCUCUCGCUCUCUAAGUGUGUCUCUAGAAGGUCUUUCUGAGCUUCCCACAGAAGGAAGUAAACUGCAGCAUCAAACCCGUGACAGACCUAAGCAACAGUCGCGUAGAGCACCAGGAGGUAGCAAGGUCCGUGGCCCUGCGUCUGACUCAGAACGUCCAGAUCCUGCUUUGGAUGAGGGCUUAGAUGAAUUUUUCCACCACACAGUGUUGUCACAAUCAAACAGUGUCUCUUCAGCUCCACAAGGCGAUAGCGAUGCCCCCCCCAAAAGGAGGCGUCGGAGCCUUUUUCAUUUCCGUAGAAGUCGGACCCCAAAGAGAGAGCGAGACAGAGGGAGAGCUGUUCCUCCACCUUCCCCAGGUCCUGAACCUUCAGAACACAUUAAACUAGAAGGUUUUCCAAUACCUAAUGGGACACCGGUCAGCAAUGGAGCUGAAGUACACAUUAUUGGAGGAGUGAGAGGGUUGCCUGGCCGGGGAACACCAUCUUGUGAGCAGACUCUGGAGGAGGUGCAGCCUGCAAGGGUACGAGGGGUUCCUCUCCCUGGGAUGGAUAGUGUCCGUGCGUGGAAAGAGAUGGAUACAACAGGAGGUACGAACUGUGUUCCCGAAGACAGGAGGCGCUCUUCUGGGGAUGGGGAGGAGGGUGCUACGUUUGAGGACAGACAACCUUGUUUUUCCAACGGAGACAGAAACAAUCAGAAGAAUUUAUCAGAAGAAGAGGGGGGUCUUACGGUUUCCUGCCCACCUUCUGCAGAACAGCGGCCAGUUGCAGCACCACGGGGUAGGAAAGUGUCUUGUGGGGGGGGGCACGGCGAGACCGAAUGUCCUGAAGAGACGAGGAAGGAAAUCCCAGUGCCCAAACCACGAAUCAGAGAACCUGGGAAAGAGGCGGCCCCCCCAGUGGGAGAUACUGCUCCCCCAGUCCGCAGGCCUCCUCUAAAGCCCCAACGAUCUCGAAGGAUGCAAUCAUGUGACUCAGCUGAACCUACAACUGCUGUGGGCGGCACAGGUGGGACGCUACAAACAAAUGAACAGAAAAUGCCUCAGACAGGUGAUGCCUUGCGCCGUGGACUGCGCCAUAUGGCUGAAGCCAAAGAGAGAGAUGCUAAGAGUCUGCCGACAUCCGCCUGACUCGCACCAUGUGGAAAACUUGAAAUGUGACUUACUGGAUGCCUGCCUGUGACUACACCACACAGAGUGCUUCACCUGAGAAUGGGAUGCACUGAGAAGCCUAUAACAUAUGUGCAUUUUCAGCACCUAAUACAACUUCAGACCUUGAAAACAUAAAUGAUUUUCUAUACACUGUAGCUGCAGUUAAAGGAUAAAAGAACAUGUGAGAAUGCCAUGUUGUUGCCCCGAAGAAUGAAACGUACUUGCAGAUUAAUGCUGACCACACAUGCUGUGAUACUAGCAGUGAUAUUAAGCAAUUGGGCCCAUAUUAAGUGUGGCCUUGACACAGCCAUGAUGCCCAAUAAUGACCUGAUCAAUCAUUAUCAUGUUAGAAGAUGACUGCUAUAGACCUGUUUGUCCAGUCAUUUUCUGAUGUAUCUACAGGUCCAAUUGAUUGCAUAAGUGAUCCAAACAUCUGACCAAAGUGCAGAGCAUUAGAAUUUUUUUCCAAUUUGGGCACCCAAGCGAGUGGUCAAAUGGGCAAAGAUGCUGACUCUUAGGCUUUGGCAGGAUCGACGCAUGUGCUGCCCACUAAAGAUUAGUGAUGGUGCUCUCAGAGUUUGAUAUAUAAUAUCUCACUAAAAUUAUAACAAACAGGAAAUGAAUAAAUACAAUAUAUUGCUAAAAAU